AUGGAUAAAUUAGGCAUUCGGCCAGGGAAGUCACUCCAGGGGCCCCACGAGAAACGAUUGCUGCACACCCUGCUGGACCACUACAACGUCCUGGAGCGGCCCGUCGCCAAUGAGUCCGAUCCACUACAGCUAAGUUUUGGUUUGACCCUCAUGCAGAUCAUCGACGUGGAUGAGAAGAAUCAGCUUCUAAUAACAAACAUAUGGUUAAAACUGGAGUGGAACGACGUGAACCUCAGGUGGAACUCGUCAGAGUUCGGCGGCGUCAAGGACUUGAGGAUACCGCCGCACCGCAUCUGGAAGCCAGACGUGCUAAUGUACAACAGUGCUGAUGAGGGUUUCGACGGGACGUAUCCAACGAACGUUGUGGUCAGAAAUAACGGUAGCUGCUUGUACGUUCCACCGGGCAUCUUCAAGAGUACAUGCAAGAUAGACAUUACGUGGUUCCCCUUUGAUGAUCAGCGGUGUGAGAUGAAGUUCGGUAGCUGGACCUAUGACGGCUUUCAGCUGGAUUUGCAGCUACAAGACGACACGGGCGGAGACAUCAGCAGCUUCAUAACGAACGGUGAAUGGGAUCUCCUAGGUGUUCCCGGGAAAAGGAACGAAAUUUACUACAAUUGCUGCCCCGAACCUUAUAUAGACAUAACUUUUAUCAUUAUCAUACGGCGCCGGACCCUGUACUACUUUUUCAACCUUAUUGUUCCAUGUGUUCUCAUCGCCUCCAUGGCUGUUCUUGGCUUUACUCUGCCACCGGACUCAGGCGAAAAACUAUCUUUAGGCAUGCCAGGGGAAAAGAACGUUAAAGAAUAUGCUUGCUGUCCAGAGCCCUACGUUGACAUAACUUUCGUCGUUCAUAUCCGGCGACGGACCCUGUUUUACACGGUGAAUUUGAUCGUUCCUUGUGUAAUGAUCUCGUCUAUGACACUCCUUGGGUUCACUCUACCACACGAGUGUGGAGAGAAACUAACAUUAGGUGUUACUAUCCUCCUGUCUCUGACAGUAUUCCUAAACAUGGUGGCCGAGACGAUGCCAGCCACCUCCGACGCUGUCCCCUUAUUAGAUGUCACCGUUCUUCUCUCUCUAACGUUUUUCCUUAAUAUGGUUGCCGAGACCAUGCCUCCGACUUCAGAAAGACCGUUAAUAGGUACAUAUUUCAACUGUAUCAUGUUCAUGGUGGCGUCUUCCGUAGUUUCGACGAUACUCAUUUUAAACUAUCACCAUAGGAAUGCGGACACACAUGAAAUGUCGCCGUGGAUCAAGACAAUCUUCCUGCACUGGCUGCCGUGCGUGCUGCGCAUGAGCCGGCCUGGCAUGGAGGCGGAGGCGGCGGCCGGCGGCGCGCGCAACAAGACGCUGCAGCUGCGCGAGCUGGAGCUGAAGGAGCGCUCCUCCAAGAGCCUGCUGGCCAACGUGCUCGACAUCGACGACGACUUCCGCCACCACGGCGGCUCCGCGCUGCGCAAGGAGGACGAGGCGGCCGAGGUCACCAACGACUGGAAGUUCGCCGCCAUGGUCGUCGACCGCCUGUGCCUAAUCGUCUUCACGCUCUUCACCGUCAUCGCGACUAUAGCCGUGCUCUUCUCGGCGCCGCACAUCAUCGUCACGUAA